AUGGGGCUGAUUUUUUUUACAAAAUUCACAAAAAGCUUAGAAGACUCUAAUCAUCCUUUAUUGGGACCGGUAUUGUGGAGCUUGGAUGUGGCAGGAAUGUGGAAAUCCAAUAAUAAUAUCUUGAGCAAAGUUACAAUGAUACAGGUCGCUGCAGUAGUAACGCUCAUUACAGAAUUUAUUGAACUGUGGUUCAUAAGAUCAGACAUGGGAAGGGCGUUGAGGAAUUUAUCUGUAUCUGCUCUCAGUCUUAGCUGCGUUUUUAAAUCGUGCACCUUUGUUCUAUGGCAGAAAGAUUGGAGGCUAGUCAUUGAUUACGCAUCAUCCUUAGAAAAGGAACAGCUACGGAAAAAUGAUAGAAUCGUAAAUGGAAUUAUCAGGGAGUACACUAAAUAUUCGCGGAAUAUAAUGUACUUUUAUUGGUGUCUGUGUUUCUGUACAGUAUUGGCAAUGAUAUUAUCACCUCUGUUUAUUUAUUGGUCAUCUUCUGAACAACGGGAACUGAUCAGAAAUGGAAGUUUACCAUAUCCAGAAAUACUUAGCUCAUGGGCGCCUUUCGAUAAAUCUAGAGGUUAUGGUUACGCAGUGAUGGUGGUUGAGCAUAUUUUAAUGUGCAUAUAUGGUAGUCUUACUGUUGCCAGCUAUGAUAGCAAUGCUGUGGUUUUGAUGACGUUCUUUUUCGGUCAGUUGAAAAUAUUGAAAGAGAAUUGUAAAAGAGUCUUUAUUGACGAUAGAAAUUCACAGUCAGUGCAACGCAUUUUCGAAUGCCAUCAUCAUCAUGUACAACUGAUCAAGCAUGCCAAAAUAUUGAACAGUGUACUGUCUCCGGUUUUAUUCCUGUAUAUUGUUAUAUGUUCUUUGAUGAUAUGUGCUAGUGCUACACAAUUGACAGAGGAAGGAACAACGACCAUGCAACAGCUGUACAUUACCGAGUAUUUGGGAGCUCUUGUAACUCAACUUUUCAUAUAUUGCUGGCACAGCAAUAAAGUAUAUGCGAUGAGCCGCACAGUAGUAGAUGGGGUAUAUUUCAGCCAAUGGUGGUCGCAAGGAGUCCGUAUGAGACGCAAUGUGCUCUUACUAUCCGGUCAAAUGAAUAAAAUUAUCGCCUUUUCAGCUGGCCCGUUUACUGACCUUAAUAUCUCAACGUUUGUUGCGAUAUUAAAAGCCUCGUACAGCUAUUACACUUUUUUGAAACAAAAGUAA